CUCCGGUGAUGGAGGUAUCCUCCUGCCAAUUCUAGGUUCCUCCAGACGACGACAUUGACCUCCUUUCCUAGGCCCUUCACUCUCGACAUUCGCCUCAACACCCGAACUAUCACGGUUAAGUCGCAUUUUCCAGCCCUCCAACCAGGCUGGUCCGCGCCGCCUUCUUUUCCCAUCCGCUUCCCGCAGCGUGCAACCUUCGACGAACGCGGCCGCCUUCGGUUUGGCGUUGACAGCUGUCCCAUCUACCUCUCGUCCCGCGCAGUGGAGUAAUUCGACACCACCGCAACAAUGGCGCAGGCCGGCGGAUCCUACAAUAACCCCUUGAAGAAGUUCAAGCUGGUGUUUCUCGGAGAGCAGAGUGUGGGCAAGACGUCUCUAAUUACACGGUUCAUGUACGAUUCAUUCGACAACAUGUAUCAGGCUACGAUCGGUAUCGACUUCCUGUCCAAGACCAUGUACCUGGAGGACCGAACCGUGCGGCUUCAGCUGUGGGAUACUGCUGGCCAAGAACGUUUCCGAAGUUUGAUUCCCUCAUACAUCCGAGACUCGAGUGUAGCCGUCGUUGUCUAUGACAUCUCGAACGCCAAAUCUUUCCAAAAUACCAAGAAGUGGAUCGACGAUGUUCGAGCCGAGCGAGGCAACGAUGUGAUUAUUGUGUUGGUCGGUAACAAGACCGAUUUGAACGACAAGCGGGAGGUCACCACGCAGCAGGGUGAGGAGGAGGCCAAGAAGAACAACCUGAUGUUUGUCGAGACAAGCGCGAAGCUAGGACACAACGUCAAGAACCUGUUCAAGAGGAUAGCACAGGCCCUGCCGGGUAUGGAGGGCACCGAUGCCGCAGCGCAGGCCUCGAGCCAAAUGAUUGAUGUCAAGACGAACACGACCCAACCCUCACAAGAGGGCUGCGCAUGUUAAACACCCCCACAAGCAAGUUUGGGAUUGGAGUAUAGGAGUAUCCGGGGAAGGUCAACCAUGCUAGCGACGUAAACGAGGCCCUGUGCCUCGUUGCACGGGACAGGAUAUCAAGCAUAGCGUGUGGAUCUGAGCGCGGGAGCUUGUAUAAUACAACCGGGACUACGAGCCUACGAU